UUCCGAUCCUUUGGUACCCUCAGAAAAUCCACACUUGCAUAUAUCUUUAGUCUCUCUUCUUCUUUUUUUUCUUCUUCUUCUAAACUUCUUCACACACCUCAAAGUGCUUCUAAUUCCUCAAAAAAAGUUCAUCAGCUCUUCCCAAGUAUCAAUAUAAUCAAUCUCAGCCUACUAUACAUACAUUCCGUAUAUAUACUACUCGCCGCGUCUUUAAUUUUGCCACUAAAGGUUUUAGAUUACACGAAGGUAAUUAAGAAUUAAUUAGAAGAUGAUUAUCUCGGUAUCUGGCUCCUCAGCUUGCAAACAAGUACAAGAGCCUCUAGUAAGUUUCCAAAAGGGAUUUACAAACAUGUUAUAUAAUCGGAACAAUAAUAAUAAGGAUAAGGUGGUGGUGAUAUUGGGGGCCACCGGAACCGGAAAGACCAAGUUGGCCAUAGACCUUGCCAACCACUUCCCACCGGCUGAGAUUGUUAACUCCGACAAAAUGCAAGUCUACAAGGGCCUUGACAUCACCACUAAUAAGGUAACUCCUCAAGAGGCUCGUGGGGUCCCACAUCAUCUACUUGGCACACUUCACCCCAAUGCCAACUUCACCGCCCUUGAUUUUUGCCGCCAAGCCACCUCCGCCGUCGAUUCCAUCGUUGCCCGAGAUGCCCUCCCCAUCAUCGCCGGUGGCUCCAAUUCCUAUCUUGAUGCUCUCAUCAACCACCACUCCACCUUUAGAUUAAGGUAUGAGUGUUGCUUCCUAUGGGUGGAUGUUUCAAUCCCCAUACUGCAUGCGUCGCUUCGAUCACGCGUGGAUCGCAUGAUCGAAGCGGGACAAGUGGAGGAAGUGCGGAAAUUCUUCGAGCCAUUGGCAGAUUACGAGAGGGGAAUAAGAAGGGCGAUAGGGGUGCCAGAGUUCAACGAGUUUCUAAGAGCAGAGGCCUUAGGAGCAGAUGAAGAGACAAAGAAGAUGCUCUUAGACAUAGCCAUUGCAAGAAUCAAGGUCAACAACUGCACCCUCGCCAAUCGCCAAAUCCAGAAGAUUCAACGACUCCACAACACGUGGAAGAGGACCAUGCAUCGCCUUGACGCCACGCAGGUUUUCUUGAACCGUAAUUGCUCUGAUCAUCACCAAUCUCAAAAUUCCUGGGAGGAACAUGUUCUUGCCAAGAGCCUUAGGAUUCUUCACAAAUUCCUCUACGAAGAUAACAAUAAACAUCUUCUUGUUCCUUCCGGAAUUAAUGUUUCUUCUUCUUCGCCGCCGGUGGCAAUGGCUGCCGUGGCGGCAGCUGCCACGCAUUAGAAAUAGAAAGGUUGCCGUGUGCCACACCACUUUUGUUUUUAUUUUAUUUUGUCUUAUUUUUUCUCUUUCAUUUUUUCAAAUU